AUGAAGCUUUCCAAUACAUUGUGCAUAUUUCCUGUUAUCACGUCAGUAAUGGCCUAUUCAAGCUCCAACUCAUCUUCAAAUGGUACAUCAAACUCACUGUCGCUGUCUUCGGCACAAUCCUCGUCAAUUUUAUCAUCAUUUAUACAGAAGUCAGGAGAGGCUACUUCUAGUGGUGACGCGCAUUUUGUUAACGUCAAUCACCUUGGCUUGGUAGGUGGCAUGUUAGCAGCCGUGGUCUCGCUGCUUGUAUAG